CGGCGGACGGAGGAGGAUCGGGCAGAGUUAAGGAAGCGCCGCCGCGGCCCCGAGGACGGCGGGACUCGCCCAUUGUGCCACCCAGAUAAUUAUUCAACUCUGCAGCAUCCAUUGCACCUUUCCCCCAUGUUUCUGUUCCCCUGGCUGCAGCGUGCCCCCUAGCUUCGGCGCUCCGCCUGCCUUCUCUUCUGGCACUUGGCGGAGGCUGGAGCUGGAAAUCAUGAAAAGAAAAAAAGCCCUUCGGACCCGAGCAUUCGCGCAACCUUUCCCAUCGCCGAUUAAUGAACUAAUCCCCAGCUAGACUAGGCACUUGAAUACGGACUCCGGCUAAUCUUCUUGUCCUUGUCUCCCGAGGUGAACCGAAGCAAAGAUCUUCUCAAGAUGCCAUUGGUGAAAAGAAACAUUGAUCCCAGGCACUUGUGCCACACAGCACUGCCUAGAGGCAUUAAGAAUGAACUGGAAUGUGUGACUAAUAUUUCCUUGGCAAAUAUAAUUAGACAGUUAAGUAGCCUAAGUAAAUAUGCUGAAGAUAUAUUUGGAGAAUUAUUCAAUGAAGCACAUAGUUUUUCCUUCAGAGUUAACUCGUUACAAGAACGUGUGGAUCGUUUAUCCGUUAGUGUUACACAACUUGAUCCUAAAGAAGAAGAAUUGUCUUUGCAAGAUAUAACGAUGAGGAAAGCCUUCCGAAGUUCUACAAUUCAAGAUCAGCAGCUUUUCGAUCGCAAGACUUUACCUAUUCCAUUACAGGAGACAUACGAUGUUUGUGAACAACCUCCACCUCUCAAUAUACUCACUCCAUACAGAGAUGAUGGUAAAGAAGGUUUGAAAUUUUAUACCAAUCCUUCUUAUUUCUUUGAUCUAUGGAAGGAAAAAAUGUUGCAAGAUACAGAGGAUAAGAGGAAAGAAAAGAGGAAACAAAAGCAGAAGAAUCUAGAUCGUCCUCAUGAGCCAGAAAAAGUACCAAGAGCACCUCAUGACAGGCGGAGAGAAUGGCAGAAGCUGGCUCAAGGUCCAGAGCUGGCUGAAGAUGAUGCUAAUCUCUUACAUAAGCAUAUUGAAGUUGCUAAUGGCCCAGCCCAUUUUGAAACAAGACCUCAGACAUAUGUGGAUCAUAUGGAUGGAUCGUACUCUCUUUCUGCCUUGCCAUUUAGUCAGAUGAGUGAACUUCUGACUAGAGCUGAGGAGAGGGUCUUAGUCAGACCACAUGAGCCACCGCCCCCUCCACCAAUGCAUGGAGCAGGAGAUGCUAAACCCAUUCCCACUUGUAUCAGUUCUACUACAGGUUUGAUAGAAAAUCGUCCUCAGUCACCAGCUACAGGCAGGACACCUGUGUUUGUGAGCCCUACCCCUCCACCUCCUCCACCGCCUCUUCCAUCUGCCUUGUCAACUUCUUCAUUAAGAGCUUCAAUGACUUCAACUCCUCCCCCACCAGUUCCUCCCCCACCUCCACCUCCAGCCACUGCUCUGCAAGCUCCAGCAGUACCACCACCUCCAGCUCCUCUGCAGAUUGCCCCUGGAGUUCUUCACCCAGCUCCUCCUCCAAUUGCACCACCUCUAGUGCAGCCCUCUCCACCAAUAGCUAGAGCUGCCCCAGUGUGUGAGACUGUACCAGUUCAUCCACUCCCACAGGGAGAAGUGCAGGGGCUACCUCCACCCCCGCCACCGCCUCCUCUGCCUCCACCUGGCAUUCGGCCAUCCUCACCUGUCACAGUUGCAGCUCUUGCUCAUCCUCCCUCUGGGCUACAUCCAACUCCAUCUACUGCUCCCGGUCCCCAUGUUCCAUUAAUGCCUCCAUCUCCUCCAUCACAAGUUAUUCCUGCUUCUGAGCCAAAGCGUCAUCCAUCAACCCUACCUGUAAUCAGUGACGCCAGGAGUGUACUUCUGGAAGCAAUACGAAAAGGUAUUCAGCUACGCAAAGUAGAAGAGCAGCGUGAACAGGAAGCUAAACAUGAACGCAUCGAAAAUGAUGUUGCCACCAUCCUGUCUCGUCGUAUUGCUGUGGAAUACAGUGAUUCAGAAGAUGACUCAGAAUUUGAUGAAGUCGAUUGGUUGGAGUAAGGAAAAACACGCAUUGAUAAAUACUAUAAAACUGAAUGCAGAUGUCCUUUGUGGUGCUUGUUCUUUGAAAAUGUCAUUCCAGUGUUUUGCUUUCUUUUCCACAUGAUAAAUAACCUUUUCCUCCAUAAUUUUUGAUUUCUAGGAAAAAUACUAGCAUACAUUUCGAACUAAAUGUUUUACAGUGACUUACUUUAUUUUUUCCUAAAAAAAGAUAUAAUUUGAUCAAAUAAACCACUAAGUAUUAAGCAUGGACAGCUGUUGUUAGAGUAGCAGAUUCAGUUUUUUGCUAUAUCUUAAUUGUGCACUUUGUGACUUUUAAUUUAAAGAAAGCAACUGAGAUUGAGAUCUUGAGGGCAGCUGUGUCUAUUUAUGAGCCUUAUUCCAUUUUUUGAUGUUUCAAAAGAAGAAACACUGCCUCGGUUAUAUGAAUACGCUCAGAAAGUACAUUUAGCUUGUAGUAUUGGAUUCUCUUAAAGGAAUGCUUGAAUUUUUUUAAUUAAUGUUUUAUUGGUUUAAAUACUUGCCUUAUUUGAAUGUUUAGCAGUAUUCCCUUCCCACUUAUAUAUUGUGUGGUACAAUUUUGCUUGCCUAUAAGAGUUAAAAAGAUAAUUCCCAUGUGAAAUACUAUGACAUAAACAUACAUGUAACUUACAAAACUGUUAAAGAGUAACAGUCUGAUUUAAUAAAUGGUUCAUUUUAAAGGUU